CCUAGCCUAUAUCAAGGGUCCUCUCCUGCCCCGAUGCCUUGGCGUUGUUGUCCCGGCCACAGCGGCAGUCUCCCACAUCCUCCCGGACAGCUUCUGGUCAUUCUUUCAAACAGCCUCCAAUCAUGAGGAUCAUCCCUGCUCUGCAACUGCUCGCCGCAGCGGUGGCCCCUAUCCAGGCUGCCUUCACCUGGAAGAACGUCAAGAUCGGCGGCGGCGGAGGUUUCGUCCCCGGAAUCGUCUUCCACCCGACUGCCAAGGGCGUGGCCUAUGCGCGGACCGAUAUCGGUGGUCUUUACAAGCUUAACUCGGACGAUUCGUGGACUGCAGUCACGGACAGCCUCGCCACCAACGCCGGAUGGAGCAAAUUGGGAGUCGACGCGGUUGCGCUUGACCCUAAAGACCCCAACAAGGUCUACGCCGCCACCGGGCUUUACACCAAUAGCUGGGACCCCGACAAUGGCUCCAUCGUCCGCAGCUCCGACAAGGGCGCCACCUGGUCCGUUUCCACCCUCCCCUUCAAGGUCGGAGGCAACAUGCCGGGGCGCGGCCUGGGCGAGCGCCUCGCCGUGGACCCCAACAACGGCAAGAUCCUCUUCUUCGGCGCCCGCAGCGGCAACGGCCUGUGGAAGAGCACCGACGGCGGCGUCACCUUCUCCAAGGUCACCUCGUUCACCGCCGUCGGCACCUUUGCCCAGAACCCGGCCGACACCACCGGGUACCAAAGCGAUAUCCAGGGCCUGACCUGGGUGACCUUUGACCCCACCUCGCCCGUCCUGCCCGGCUCCGGCGCCACGUCCCGCAUCUUCGUCGGCACCGCCGACAACAUCACGGCAUCCGUCUACGUCACCAACGACGGGGGCAGCACCUGGGCGCCUGUCGCCGGCCAGCCCAAGGCUUACUUCCCCCACAAGGCCAAGAUCCAGCCCGCUGAGAAGGCGCUCUACGUCACCUACGCGGAUGGCACCGGCCCCUUCGACGGCACCAAGGGCGCCGUGUACCGGUACGAUCUCGCCAAGUCGACGUGGAAGGACAUCACGCCCGUGUCGGGGGCGGACCUCACGUACGGCUUCGGCGGCCUCGGCGUCGACAUGCUCAAGCCGGGAACGCUCGUGGUGGCCUCUCUGAACUCGUGGUGGCCGGACGCCCAGAUCUUUAGGUCCACCGAUUCGGGCGCGACAUGGUCGAGGCUGUGGGAGUGGGCCGCAUAUCCAGAGAUGCAUCAGUACUACUCCAUCAGAACUUCCAAAGCCCCCUGGAUCGAGACGGGACACCUCUCGCAGGAUUCGAAGCGCUUGGGCUGGAUGAUUGAGUCGCUCGAGAUCAACCCGACUGACAGCGACCACUGGCUAUAUGGCACCGGUCUGACCGUUUUCGGCGGCCACGACCUGACAAAAUGGGACACGGUCCACAACAUCACCAUCCAGUCCCUGGCCGACGGCAUCGAGGAGACGGCCGUCCUAGAGCUCGCCUCGGCCCCUGGCGGCUCCGAGCUCCUGAUCGCCAUCGGCGACAUCACCGGCUUUACGUACAAGACGAGCGCCGACCUGUUCAAGAGCCCGGCGCGGCCCUGGAUGGCGCCCAAGUGGGCCACGUCCUCGGGCGUCGACUACGCGGGCGCCAAGCCCAACAGCGUCGUCCGCGUGGGCCAGACCCAGGGCGAGCCGAUGCUGGCGGCCUCCUCGGACGGCGGCGCCUCGUGGAGCGUGCACCCGGGCGCCAACACCAACUACUACGGCGGCGUGGCGGCCCUGUCGGCCGACGCGUCCGUCGUGCUCUGGGCCACGGCCAACGGCGCCGUCGUCCGCUCGCAGAACCAGGGCGCCUUCGCCGCCGUCUCGGGCCUGCCGUCCUCCCUCCCCGGCACCGUGUCCGUGGCGGCCGACAAGCGCAGGGCCGGCGUCUUCUACGUCGCCUCGUCCGGCGCCGCCGCGCUGUACGUCUCCACCGACGCGGGCGCGACCUUUGCGCGCGCCGCCGGCUCCCUCUCCCCGGCCGCCACCGGCGUCCGCUACGUGACGGCGCACCCGGCCGUCGCGGGCGCCGUCUUCGUCUCGACCGACGCCGGCGUGUUCCGCAGUGCCGACUCGGGCGCCACUUUCGCCCCCGUCGCGUCGGGGCUCACCGACGCGCAGCACAUCGCCCUCGGGCUGGGCGCGGGCGGCUCCUCCUGGACGCUGUACGCGCUCGGCAGCGGGCCCGGCGGGCAGCGGCGGCUGCACGCGAGCGCCGACGCCGGGGCCGGGCCGUGGGUCGACAUCCAGGGCGCCGCGCAGGGCUUCGGCCGCAUGGAGAAUGCACGCCUGGCCGGCAGCGGCAACGUGCCGGGCCAGGUCUACGUCGGCACCAACGGCCGCGGCGUCUUUGUGGCUCAGGGGAGCGUCGGCGGUGGCGGUGGCGGUACCGGCUCCACCACCCUCGUCACGUCGACCACGACGUCGGCGACCACGACCUCCAAGCCCAUGACCACGUCGAUGUCCACCAGCUCCUCGGCGCGGCCGACCACGACCGGCGGCGGCGGCGGGCCAACCGUCCCGAGGUACGGGCAGUGCGGUGGCAUUGGCUACGGCGGACCAACGGUCUGCGCAGCGCCGCACACUUGCACAAAGCAGAAUGACUGGUACUGGCAGUGUCUGUAA